CAUAGUCAAUGACUAUGUCAUCUAUAAUUUGGUUUAUUUGAUUCAUAGUGAUUUCAUUUUAUGUUUUUCUAAAAUAUAAUAUAGCAAAAUGGUUAGAGAAGUAAAGCUAAUCAAGGAUAUUCAAGCUCAACAAAGAGGUUGGACAGUAAAAGUGGUGAUUAUUGAGAAAGCAAUGCCACGAGUUUCUAAAUCAAGUCCAAACAAAUAUCAAAGGUUAAUCUUAGCUGAUGAAGAAGGUAAUAAGAUCCAGGCCACAAUAUAUGGUGGAGACAUCCAUAUCUUCCGAGACACACUCAUAAUUGGGAAAAAUUAUUAUAUUUCUAAUGCUUGGGUUAAAGAAAUUGGUGCACAAUAUCAGAUUGUUCAAAAUAAUUUGCAAUGGACUAUAAAUGGUCGAACCAUUGUGGAAGAAGUGACUGGAGAUUCAGAGAUAAUUGUGCCUGCUGUUUACAGCUUUGUCCCAUUCUCACGACUACACACUUAUAUUGACUCUCUAUCCCACGUCGAUAUAUCUGGAAGUGCUGACAAUGCUAAGAUAGAGCAAAUGAGCAAUGAAGAUAAAGUCCUAGCUGAUUUGGUUUCAAAGCCUACUGCAAGAAACAAUGCAACAAAGAAACUAAAGCUGAUGAUUUCCAAAAGUGCAGAUGAGGUAGAUCCAAUAGUGCUGAAUCUUGAAAGUUCUCAUUUACAAUUUGGUGAAGGGAGUAGGAAACAGUUUGCCGAGCUUAAAGACAAUGCUUAAUUUGUUAUCAUGGGAACCAUCUUUUUGUUAAUGUGGACAUGAUAGAUUACUAUCAGUUCAUAAGUAGAUUAUUAUCAGUCUUUUGUGAAUUUAUAGCAUAUUUAGACUAUACUAUGACAGUUACACUAAUAUUAUUAUUUUCUACAUUGCAAGAUGUAAUAGAAAUUGAUUUAGGUAUAACCUAAUACAUGAUGCC